AUGGGCCGGAAGAAAAUACAAAUAUCCCGUAUUACGGAUGAACGGAAUCGGCAGGUAACGUUCAACAAGAGAAAAUUUGGAGUGAUGAAGAAGGCUUACGAGUUGAGCGUGCUGUGUGAUUGCGAGAUCGCCCUCAUCAUUUUCAGCUCCAACAACAAACUGUACCAAUACGCGAGCACUGACAUGGACAAGGUAUUAUUGAAGUACACAGAGUAUAAUGAGCCGCACGAGUCGUUGACGAACCGCAACAUCAUCGAGAAAGAGCAUAAGAACGGUGUGAUGUCGCCUGACAGCCCAGAAGCCGAACCGGAGUACAACCUGACCCCCCGCACAGAAGCCAAGUAUUCGAAAAUAGAUGAGGAAUUCCAAAUGAUGAUGCAAAGGAACCAGUUGAAUGGACGGAGCGUUGGCGUCGGCGUCGCUGGAAGUAAUUACAAUCUGCCGGUCAGUGUUCCAGUUGGCAGUUACGACCAGUCGCUCUUACAAGCUAGUCCACAAAUGCACACGUCCAUCAGUCCGCGGCCCUCGUCUUCGGAAACCGAUUCAGUAUACCCAAGCGGCGGAAUGCUCGAAAUGUCCAAUGGCUAUCCCGGAUCAGGAUCACCCCUCGGCGCCGGUUGCACCCCGUCUCCGUCACCCGGACCAGCUCCCUCGCCCCACCGUCAUCCCCACAAGCCUCAUGCUCACGCUCCACCACCACACCACUCGCCUAGACACAAUAACCUUCGCGUGGUCAUCCCUAGCUCGAUGCCGCCUCCGCAAGACGAGAUAUCGUAUACUGGAGAGACACCACUAAGCUACAGUACAGGACUUGGCAAUUUCGGACCGCAGGAUUUCAGCAUGACUUCAGACAUGGGCAUUGGACUAUCAUGGGGCGCGCAUCAGCUACAGACACUACAGCACAACAGUAGCAGCUUGCCAGUACUGGGCGGCGGGACUCCGCCUCCAGCUGCGUCACCGAGCAAUGUGAAGAUAAAAGCGGAACCCGUGUCGCCUCCACGAGCACCAGAUCACCUGCACCGAGCCCAACCAGCCCCACAGCCUGCGCAUAUCUCUGGCGUUAUAGAUGGUUCAGUAACCUCAAGUAACAUGGGUUCAUCGGCAGGCCAGGACAUGCGGCACAGCGCGGUCCCUCUCGACUACGAGCAGCCCCACACAAAGCGGCCGCGGAUCGAGGGGUGGGCCACAUAG